CCUUCCUACCAGGAAAACGCUGGAUGAGACCCACAUUGCCACACAGCCGCGCACUGCAGAGGACAGAGCGGGACUCAAACACCAUCGAGGAAUAUGUCAGCUGUGUCACGCACCGAGGGACGCAUAAAGCCGCUACGCAGUGCAGUUUCUGCACAUCCACUGCCUCUGCUUUAGUUUAGCAGACACACAGAGCCCCGUUUAGCACUUAUGCUUUGCUAAAAAUCUCUUCUGCUGCUGCUUCUGGUCCAUUCCUCCCCUCCCCUCCUCCCCUCUCUUCCUGCUCCUCCUCCUCCUGCUGUGUGCCGUCCCGUCGCCAGGAUGGACAAGACGCUCUGCAGUCCGCAUCCCGGGACCAACAAAACAAACUCUUCCUCCGCGGACCUCCGCGGGAGCUCAUCGUCGAGGAAGCCCGGUGGGCGGCCCGGGUCGCACAGUCCCGGCUCCGGCUCCCUCGGCGGCUCGGCUGUAGCGGGAGGCAGUCGGGCAACUGUGCUGGGGAACAGCAUGAAUUUGCAGCAACAGCAGCAGGCGCGCAAGAGGCAGCUGGAAGGAGUCCUGAGCAAAUACACUAACCUGAUCCAAGGCUGGCAGAAUAGGUAUUUUGUGUUGGAUCCAGAGCUGGGACAGCUGCAGUACUUUGUCAAUGAGCAGGGGAAGAGCCAGAAGCCCCGUGGCUCACUGCCUCUGAUCGGCGCCUCGGUGACGACGAGCGACGAGGCUCCGCACAUGUUCAUCGUAAACUCCGUCAAUGGAGAGCUGUAUAAACUCAGAGCCUCCGAUGCCAAGGAGCAGCAGUUUUGGAUCAGCCAGCUCCAAGCAUGUGCCAGACGUCACUCUGACAGCAGUGCCAAGGUGAGGAAGCUAAAGGGCUCAGAUGAACACUUGAGUGUGGAAAGAGCAGGAGGAGGCCAGGAGCUGCUGGGCUCCUCUUCCUCUGGUCGGACCCGUAGUUUCUCCCUCCUACCCCACCUAACACCAACUUCAUCCCCGGGAUCUCCGAGGCACCUGGGUCAGCCCGCCACACCCAGCAACAUCGUCACGAUCACUCACCACAAAUCUCCAGCUGCAGCUCGACGAGCCAAGAGUCAAUACCCAGGCCGGCUGCUGGAGGUCAAAGAGGUUAUGUCCCAAGCAGAGGGCCAACAGAAGAACCUUGUCCAGUCCAUCGACUCCCUGCCCACCAAAGGGCCGCUCUCCUGUCUGGAUCAGGACCUGCUCCUGCUCAAAGCUACGUCGGCUGCCACGCUGAGCUGCCUGGGGGAGUGCCUGAACAUCCUCCAACAGACUCAGAGCCACAGCCAGGUUCCACCUCAGUCCCAGGUCUCCCAGCGCAACCACGCCUCGCACGGAGCCCCCUCCGAUGGUGCUCCUGUGUGGACUGUACCAAAGUCGCCCUCGGGGGAGCAACUGAAGAACGGGGGUCUAACUCCUUUGCAGUCAACCGAGCCCUCCCCGGCCCUCAGGAAAAGGAUUCUGCCCCAUGGUGCUGAGCAGCACCCAGGGCUGGAAGACGUCAGCCCCAGUGAGGAGGUGACGGAUACCGAGGACAAUGAAGAGGAGGACCUGGGCGUCCUGGAUGACCAGCGGAGCAUCAUUCUCCACCUGCUCUCGCAGCUCAAACUGGGAAUGGAUCUCACACGGGUGGUGCUGCCUACUUUCAUUCUGGAAAAGCGAUCACUGCUGGAAAUGUACGCUAACUUCAUGGCGCACCCUGACAUGUUCCUGUCAAUAACAGCGGGGUCCACAGCUGAGGACCGAAUAGUCCGCUUUGUGGAGUAUUACCUGACUGCCUUCCACGAGGGGCGGAAAGGUGCCGUGGCAAAGAAACCCUACAACCCCGUGUUGGGGGAGACCUUCCACUGUUCCUGGGAAGUUCCUCGGGACAAAGUCAAGCCUUUGGUCAGAUCGAACCCGGGGUCGGCUCGGGAGCCAAGCAGAGGCCCCAACAACACACAACAGGACGAGGACUCACCGGGAAGCUGCUACAGAGUGCGUUUUGUGGCCGAGCAGGUGUCCCAUCAUCCCCCUGUGUCCGGGUUUUAUUGUGAGUGCCGGGAACGGAGGAUGUGUGUCAACGCCCACGUGUGGACCAAGAGCAAGUUCAUGGGCAUGUCUAUAGGAGUGUCCAUGGUGGGAGAAGGAGUCCUUUAUCUCCUCGAGCACGACGAGGAGUACGUCUUCACAUUGCCAUGUGCCUACGCCCGCUCCAUCCUCACUGUGCCCUGGGUGGAGCUGGGGGGCAAAGUCUCCAUCAACUGUGUCAAGAGCGGCUACUCGGCCACAGUGACCUUCCACACAAAGCCUUUCUACGGAGGGAAGGUACAUCGGGUGACAGCAGAGGUCAAGCACAACCCGACCAACACCAUCGUGUGCAAAGCACAGGGAGAGUGGAACGGCACGCUGGAGUUCACGUACAGCAGCGGGGAAACCAAAGUGAUCGACACGACCAAACUUCCCGUCACCAAGAAGCAGCUGCGGCCGGUGGAUAAACAGGCGAGGACAGAAUCCAGGCGGUUGUGGCAAAACGUCACCAAGUCGCUGAAGGAAGGGAACAUCGACGAGGCCACGGAGCACAAACAUAGACUGGAGGAGUGUCAGAGAGGGGAGGAGAGGCAGAGAGCAGCUGAUAACAAACCCUGGAUGCCCAAAUACUUCACUAAAGAGGGGGACGGUUGGAGCUAUAAUAACCCGCUGUGGAAGUCAACCUGACAUCAAAAACGCUCCUUUCUAACGGACUAUAACAACUCCAGUUCCCCAUGCUGAGGAGGAUGGGGGAGGGGUCAAACGAGGGGAGCGGCGUCCCCCGUGGACCUUCAGACCCCACCGAGUGACACUACGGCGACGCAAACAGGAAACAAGCAAGGUGCCAAAGGGAUCUCCACAGUUUGGGACUCCUGGGGAGAGCAGUACAUUUUAUAUACAGUUGGUAGUAUUCAAAGUAGAAUAUUUCUAUUUUUCACCUGUCAAGGCCUUUUUUUGCACACACACACACAGUUUAUGACGCCUGCCACUAGUGUCCCACUUCGUAUUUUUCUUUUUAAUGAUCAGCGCGUUUUUCUCAGAAAUCAUCAGUGUUUGUUCCAGGUUUCAUGCCAUGUUAGAGUGGGUCACAUCUCCUGUAGUUCCCAGAUUAGUUUGUUUAUAAAGCACUUUUAACAUAGAAGUAAAUCUACUAUUUUGUAUCGAUGGCUUUUACCAAUCAGGUUGGGUCUCUCAGAGCUUUAGAAGAAUUAAGGAAACCUAAGCAGAUUUAAAACUAUUUAAAAUCAAAUGUACUACUUUAGAUGAUUUAGUAUAUAUUAAUAUACAAUAUAUUACAGCAAGUUACUAGAAAGUGAAGGUCCUGAUUGUUUGUGUCUGCACUAUGAAUGUAUCUUGGCACAUUUUAAUUGUACAGUAUGCUUUCCCAUCUUGUACUGAUGGCUACUACACAUGCUUACUACAGUAUGUUGCUCUAUCACCUCUGCCUAACAGAUGAGCUCCAUUACUACCUCUUUAUUCGCCAUCACACGCUUUUUCUUCCAGAAGAAAACAUCGGUUUGUUUGUAUUGUAGCCAAGAGCUCCUCUAAUCAGUGUUGUAUCUGCGCCUCUCAGAUGACACGUCCAUAAUUAGGGAGCCCCUGUACACCCCGUCUGUGCCUCCUGAAGUUAAUACUUCUUAGUUUCAGCUGUGGUGAUGAUUAUGGAUGAGGCAGCUUGCAGGAACAUACAGCCAUGUUAUCACAUUUUGGGGGUGGCGGUGGUGGGGGAAAGAGGCUGCCUCUGUGAAGAUGAAGGUCUACCAGAAUAACAAUCACUGGGAAACUGCAGGAAGAGGUUCAUACCACUGUGUACUCGCGUUUUUAUGUCUACAUUUGACGAGAUAUGUGACGAUUAUUCAGACUGAUCAGCUUUUCUACAAUAAAGUAAAAAGGUUUUAAAUGAAAA